CGUGAGGUAUCGCCCGCUGUAGAGUGGUGCGUGGAGAGAGAGGGAAAGAAGUAAAGGAGGGAGGAGGAGGGGGAAGGAAGGGUGAGAGGAAGAUGACUUACGGAUCCUGGUGCGCGGAAGCUAGAACCAUGGGGGUGAGGAAGGCGAGGACGAGGGCGACGAGGGCGAAGACGAGGAAGCCGGGAAGACGCAUUUUGCGCAUUUUGGUGUGUGUGCGUGUUUGCGAUUCUGUUGUUCUGGUUGUUGUUUUGGUGAGAGGGUGCUGGUUGACUUGGGUUGAGGGAGGGGAAACAAAGGAAGUGGGAUUUUGUUUUUUGUUUUGUUUUUGUAGCGCGAUGUGGAUGUGGCGGCUGGUGAAAGUGAAAUACCUAGUGAAUUGUGGAUUGUGGAUAAGGAUUGCUGUGAGACAAUAGGUAGGCUGGGCUGGGCUAGGCUGCUUUGGUAUUGUGAAGUGGUGUAAAUGAUGGAUGGUGUUCUGCCACUGUCUCUCUGUCUUUCAGUGUCUACAGAAACGUUUAGGAAAAAGUGCGCUUUACCUCUCUCUGUUCUGUGACGCUUUUACUCCAUAGAGGCGGAGCUGAGCAUCAUGUUCGUAUAUUAGUAUC